UGGCGGGGUGAUGUCAGCCGCCUACAGCAGCCGGGACAUCGUGGAGGACUACCUCCGCUACAAGCUGCUCAACAGCGGCGUGGCGUGGCGCGUGCGGCCAGCACGAACAGGCGGCUGGCGACCAAGGCGCGAGCAAGGUGCGCCAACGUCAUGGUUGUCAUGGAGAUCUGAGGGAGCAAGGUCACACCAGCCAGAUUCCUGGUUGGCUCCACCCCGGCUGCAGGUCGUCCUGCGGUGCGCCGGUGACGAGCUGGAGCACCAUUACCGCGGCGACCUGUCGGCCCAUGUGUCGGUGCUGCUGCAGGGCGACGCCGGCCUGGCGGCACGACGGCGAAGCCUGACGGUGGUCAGGGAGGAGCUGUUCAGGGAUGGGGUGAACUGGGGACGCAUCGUGGCCAUGAUGGAGCUGUGCGGCGCUCUGUGCGCCGAGGUGGUCAAGACGGGCGGGACGUGGCAGGUGGACGACAUCGCCGGGUGGAUGGAGGAGAGUCUGGACUCGCCGCCACUCCGAGGAUGGAUAGAGGAUAACGGAGGAUGGGUAGGAGUCUCUUUCCUCACCACAAACCAGACUCCAUUGAGUUUUCUGUUGAUUUAGCAUAUUAGCAGACGACACAGGAACAGGUAACAGGAGGGCAGAAGCAGGUGGAGAUGUGGGGGGCAAAACAGGUGAGCAGGUGGAUGUAGGAGUCAGGUGACUUGGUGCUCCUGGAGACCGGGACAGAAAAUACAAACAACCGAGGUGGCUGACGUGCGAACCAAAGAAAAAGUGAAAUCAGUGAAAUCUGGUGGGAGUUUGGUUAAAAGAGAAAAUAUGAAAAGAUUAAAAGUAUGAGGUGACUGUUUCUUGUUUAAUGUUAUUACGUCAUGUUAUCUUGUUACAUCAUGAAAAUGCUUCACAAUCGGCUCUUCAGGUCCCUGAUGCGAUUCCAAUGGUCCUUGAAAGGUAUCUUAGACAGUGUUCAGAGGUCGCUGAAAUAGUUCAGGGAUGCUCGGCAGUGACUGAGCAGUCUUUCAUUCGCUUCCAGAAGUCCUUGAAGUUCCAGGACAGGGUUUAGGGUUGUCUGGGGAUUACUGGGCCCUUCCAUAGUUGGUUCCAGAAGUCCCUGAAAGGACGGGGUUCUUGACUGAUUCUUCAUGCUUCAGAGGGCUCCUGUGGCGUUUGAAGGGGUUGCAGGGGGCCGUCUGGAUCAAGUUCCGUCACAUUCACAGCGUGGAUCAAGAAAUCAGUAAGAGAAAUAAUCAAUAAAAUCAGACGUGUGAAG